CUUUACAUUUUCCAUAUGCAGAGCUGAGAGUUGAGACGGAAUCAUGGGAACUUCGGUGCAGGUGACGCCACUCUGUGGAGUGUACAAUGAGAAUCCUCUGUCAUACUUGGUCUCCAUUGAUGGCUUCAAAUUCCUCGUCGACUGUGGCUGGAAUGACCACUUCGACCCCUCCCUCCUCCAACCCCUUUCUAGGGUGGCACCAACCAUAGAUGCGGUCCUGCUUUCACAUGCGGAUACACUUCACCUGGGUGCUCUCCCGUAUGCCAUGAAGCAGCUUGGACUCUCUGCUCCCAUUUAUUCCACAGAACCAGUGUACAGAUUAGGCCUUCUCACCAUGUACGAUCAGUAUUUUUCAAGAAAGCAAGUAUCAGAGUUCGAUCUGUUCACACUAGAUGAUAUUGAUUCUGCUUUCCAAAGCAUAACCAGGCUAACAUACUCUCAAAAUCAUCAUCUCUCAGGUGGAAAUUUUGAACAAUU